AUGCAGCUGACAACCAUUCUCGUCCUGGCCGCCUCCGCCGCAACGGGCCUGGCCCAGUCUUGCACCUACGAGACCGCCAACUACCUCUCCGUCUGCCAGCAAGGCAACAACCUCUUCUGCUCUGGCAACACGGGCGUGUGCGUCCAGGGCAAGACCGAUACCUUCGACGACACUGCCACCAAAGCCAACGAGGACGCCUGCGUCGGCCUAAGCCGCGGUGACAGCUGCGUCCAGACUGUUGCCUGCUGUUAA